UACAUCACCUACAACCAUCUAUUUCUUCCCUACACAUCCUUCUAUAUACAUUCAGUUCCACCUAUAUGUUGGAUUCAAGAGAGUUUGAAGCUUCUAGGUAGCCUUGCACCAAUGACAACAACUACAACCUCUAUAUUCUUCUCCGCCAUUCUAUUUAGUCUUCUUUCUGUUGCAAUCACUGGUGAGACAAUUGAGUCUGGCAGUGGUGGGGCCCGGGUGACGAACCUCAUUGUGGAAGCAUGCAAGAACGCAUCAGGCUAUCGUCGUGGUGUCACAAAUUUCACACAGGAAUUUUGCUUGUCAACCCUUCAGUCGGACAAUAGGACUGUGGAGGCAAAGGAUCACCUUGAACUGGUGGUCAUUGCCAUCGACAUCCUUAAAGGCCGCCUCACUACUGCUAAUCACAACAUUGAUAAAAUGCUACAAAAUGCAAAGAAAGGCACAGUGCCAAUGCGCGAUCUCAGUUGCUGCAAGGUGUACUAUGAUACAACAAUGAGAAUCAUCAAUAUAUGUGAUUACAUGAUCACAGACUUCCGCGGACAUAAGGGCAGGCUGAAGUCCUUGGAGCUUCCUCGUUGUGUUGACAGAGCAGGCUACCCAGUCGACGACUGCUGGUCCGAUCUUGAGUACAAUAUGCCAUGGGCCGAUGCACUCAUCAGAGAAAAUCUCGAGAUUGCCGUGCUGGUCAGCCUCGACUAUGCCUUGCUAGCACCAUAUGAUGUCAGUGAUUAAUAUAAUGUUAGUUUUAUCUGUAAUAAAUGAUGUCCUAGCUACAUCAAUCUUAUUUUCUUUUUGAAUAAUGAUAAAAGUUUCACAUUUGUUUUA